UGUGUGACACCACACCGAAGGAAUCGGUUCCACUAAAAAAAAAAACGUCUUUCACCUCGGACUGUCAGCGACGUGGUUCGCGUGCGUGAGGGCUUCGCGCUUCGCGCUGACAGGGCUUAAAGGGACUUUGACAUUUGAGGAAGUAGUCGCGAGCAGCCGGAGUCGGGACAGAAAUGACUGAACUGAUGCAUCGGAUAUGGCCUCUCCUUGUUUUCGCAGGAAUGUUGGGCCCAGGAGUGCGACACGUCACUGGAAUAGAAAUUUACACGCCAAAAGAGGUGGAAGCAGUCAACGGGACGGAUGUGAAACUGAAGUGCACCUUUAGUUCCAGUCACCCGGUGUCGACUACCUCUGUCACAGUGUCCUGGAACUUCAGGCCCAUAGGUUCAGGGACGGAAGAGACGGUGUUUUACUACCAGGACGAAGCGUAUCCUCCAACGACCGGGCGCUUUAAAGACCACGCCGUGUGGUCAGGAGAUAUUAUGAAACGGGAUGUUUCCAUCACGCUGCAUGAGGUGCCUCCGACCUUUAACGGCACCUACAUCUGCCAAGUGCGCAAUCUUCCAGAUGUGCAUGGCAGCAAUGGAGAGAUCAUCCUCAAAGUCGUCAACAAAGCUUCCUUCUCUGAGAUCGCCAUACUGGCAGCAGCAGCUGGAGGUGCCUGUGGUGUAAUCCUGGUCCUCCUCUGUAUCUUCGUAGCAGUGAAGUACUACAGGAGAAAGGGCACGAGCACGGACAUUGAGAUGCACCCGCAGAAGGGUGAACCGACUGUGUGUUCCCCUGCAGAGGACCUUCAUCUGACCGUAAGAAGAAAAAAAAACUCUCUAGGUUCAGAUGAAGUAGAGUCUGAACCCAGCAGUGGAGAUGAUGAUUGAGAGGAAGGCGAUGAUGAUGAUAACAACGUCGUCGACGAUGGUGAUGGUGAUGAUGAUUCAAUGGACACAUUCGAUUGAUCAGAAUCGUAUUUCCCAUCGUAACAUUCCCAUUUAGAUGUUAGGGUUUUAUGUGUGAGUUAUAAUACUUCCCGGGACUGAAUUAUGAUGAUGAGUCAGAAAAUGCAACUUGCCUGUAAGCAAUAUGGUCAGAGAUGCAGGUGUGUUAUGCUACCAGUCGCUAAUGUAGCCUCAAGCAGAGAUGUGAGCCGUCUACCAAGAUCAUGUGGUACGACCACAUCUUUUUCUUUCAUUAUGAAACUUGUAGUCUUCGGACCACACCAAGGCUGCCUCAGGCGAGGUGUUAGUCAGACUUAAGACCGCUCACUCCGCGGCCGUAAAAGGCUUCAUAAAACCUAUAUGCAGUUCUCCUUAAAGCCUGUAAACGGACUUGUCUUAUUCGGUGGUGUUCACCUUUUAAAUGCUGUGUUUUUAUGCAUGUGGGUCAAUGGAUGAGCGUUUGCAGUCCGUAAUUGCCUUAACUUUGCUUCUUUGUGCUAAUUUGACCACCGCUGCUGCUGGAUAGCUAUUGCCUUGGAUCAAUGUGUGUUUCAUGUCAAAUAAAUUCAACAUAGAUUUUUAAAGAGAAUAGCUCGUUAGAGGGCUCAUUGCUACAAACACCUCUACUAGUGUUUCUUCAACUACGACGGUGGCAGAUGUUUCUCCUGCUUAUAUAUAUAUAUAUAUAUAUAUAUAUAAUUUUUAAUGCAUACCUCGAGAGUACACCCAACUUUAUUUACGGAGAAGUUAGUUUUAGCAGGUUUUGAAAUGGGAAAAUAUGGAAUUGGAAUUAAAUGAGAGAAUGGGUGCUUUUAAUUUUUGCUACCAGAAAGUCCACCACAAUAUUGUUUUAGUGAUCAACAAAAGGGCAGUGUUUCCUGCAUUGCACGAUUCAUUUUGUAUAAAGUUUUUGUAUAUAGUGUAAAGUAAGUAGGAAUUCUACAUGUUUUAAAUUACCUGCAAAGCUGUGUGUAUAUGUAUAUAUACAACUCUGGAAUAAACAUCUUUUUAAAUGAUUUAAAUCGCAUGAAUUCAAAAAAAAAA